GGUCCCCCAUACAAACUGCUAGGACAAGAGGUUUAUCCAAGGAAGAGAAAAAUGAAAUUGAUGUCCAGGGCCCCACUCUUCCAUUUGCUCAUUUACUGUGCAACCCAGACAUUUGGUGUUAAGAUCAAGUCUGUCCCAGAAGUCAACAGUGAGGGUGUCAUUGAAACAAAGUUAGAGGAGACUGUGUCUCUGCUUUGCCUUCCUGAUGGUGCCUCUGAGGAUCAGACUGAUGAACAGCUGGUCUGGCUGAGGAACGGAGCCAUGGUCAGUCUGAGAGAAGGAAAUAACAAAGGUAGCAGCAACGUUUGCAUUACACCAGUCAUCCUCGAAGAUAAUGGUGCCACCUUCACCUGCCACCUGAGCAGAAACACCACAGUUAGUGCCUCAGUCACCCUGAAUGUCACAUAUGGCCCAUUGCUCUCUGGGUCAGAGCAAAUUACAGUAGAAGAUGAGUCAGUUCUAGUCCUGCAGUGUGAUAUUUGGGCCAAUCCACCAGUCUCAUUUGUGUUGUGGACACUAAAUGGAAGCGCCGUGGAUCUAGUAGCAGGCGGCUUCACUGUGACCCAUGACGCCUUUACAACCCAGCUAACCACCAACAAAGUGAAGAAAGGUGUGCAUGAGGGGACGUACCAGUGCAAAGCAGACUCUCCCCUCUAUGGAAAUUACAGCAAGUUCUUCCAUGUCACAAUAACAGAAAAGACCAUGCCGUUCCCAUUAUUUCCCAUGAUAGCGGGGCUGGUGGUGGUGUGCCUUACUGCAAUUUUAGCUGUGGUUGCACGGUGGGGCAUAAUCAUAAAGCAUUGUAAGGGUUGCACAAAAUAAAUGGUUUCACCAAAAGAGAGAAGCUGAGAGAAUACAUAAAGAAAACCCUGACAACAGCAAGGGCUGUGUGCAAAGGCCUGUGAUUAAACCAAAAUGUAGCAGGCUGUCUACUAUCAUUUAUUUAACCAGUUAUUAUGGCAGGAGGAUAUGUGAUUUUUGACCUUGAGAUAAUCCUUAAAUGUGUUCAUAGUAUGAUGCUCAGUGACCCUGUGAUGUAAACAUUGGA